AUGCUUCCACCUUCUGGGAAGACUGGCGUUUUAGAAAAAUGUGCUGUCGGUAGUGCGCAGGGUUUUGCCAAUGCCUUCGGAACUGCUCAAGAUUAUCUCGCUGCACGAAGUCGCGCCCAGGGUUUAUAUUGGGUUGUCAAUCCCAAGGAAUUCCGUGAGGCAAAUCGACAGGUGCAUGAAGUCGUUGAUCACUAUGUCAACCUCGCUUUAGAGUCAAAAGGCAAGAACCUCGAUGGUCGCUACAUAUUCCUCGAAGCCCUAGCGGCAGAUACAGAUGACCCAAAGAUCCUACGCGAUAAUAUGCUCAAUAUUCUAUUGGCCGGCCGCGAUACCACGGCUAGUCUGUUGAGCUCAACGUUCUUCUACCUUUCCCGUCACCUUAAUGUCUGGAACCGACUACGUCGUGAGAUCGUUGAUAUCUUCGGAGAUGCGAAAAACCCACGGUCGGAAAUGACACAAACAAAGUUGAAGGAUAUUCCUUAUCUGCGAUAUGUGUUGAAUGAAGUCCUUCGCCUCCAACCCCCUGUGCCUAUCAACUUUCGCGUUGCGACUAAAGAUACCUCAUUACCGGUCGGCGGUGGUCCAGACUGCCAAUCCCCGGUCUAUAUCAAGAAAGGUACAAUGGUUGCCUACAACGUCUUCGCUAUGCAUCGCCGAACCGACCUAUGGGGUAAGGAUGCCACCUCUUUCCGACCCGAGCGCUGGGAGGAAAAUGCCAAACAUGGAUGGGAAUACCUGCCUUUCAAUGGUGGGCCGCGUAUCUGCCUUGGUCAGCAAUACGCUCUCACUGAGGCAAGCUAUACCGUCGUUCGUCUGAUGCAGCAUUUCGAUACCCUCGAAAACGCGGACCCCCAUCCUCGACAGGAGCCUGUUAAGCUAUCUAAUCUUACGAUGUCGCAUGAUCUCGGCGUGCCCAUUCGUUUGUACUCUUCGGAUAAGCCCUAG